CUGUGUAGUUAUGCUGUGACUAAAACGGUAUCUUAGAUUAAGUUUCCAGUCUGUGUGUUUUUAAGGAAAAAUGACAUAUAAUGGCACCUUCCUAGCUACAUUUUUAUUUGAAAACUCGGUUUUAACUGCGGAAAUGUACUGUUAUUGAAUCCGCAAAGGACACGGGCGGAAGUUUGGUUUGCAAAUAUUCCUUGCUGCCGUCUAGCUAACAAGCCACAGACCGCUCACUUGUGACCGUUCCGGCCGCACCUUCCGUGACAGGAUGAACGUGGGCGUGGCGCACAGCGAGGUGAAUCCCAACACGCGUGUGAUGAACAGCCGCGGCAUCUGGCUGGCCUACCUGCUGCUGGUGGCCGUGCUGCACGUGGUGCUGCUCAGCAUCCCCUUUUUCAGCGUGCCUUUGGUGUGGACCCUCACCAACGUCAUCCACAAUCUGGUGAUGUACCUGUUUUUGCACACGGUGAAGGGAACCCCUUUUGAGACCCCAGACCAGGGCAAAGCACGUCUGCUGACACACUGGGAGCAGAUGGACUAUGGCAUCCAGUUCACAUCCUCUCGGAAGUUCCUCACUAUAUUCCCCAUAGUGCUGUAUAUCCUGGCAAGUUUCUACACCAAAUAUGACGCCACUCACUUCCUGAUCAACACAGGCUCCCUCCUCAGUGUUCUUCUCCCCAAACUUCCGCAGUUCCACGGGGUGCGCAUAUUCGGGAUCAACAAAUACUGACGGGGGUCGGAUUGUGUAGGGCAGCGGGAACGGACUGCCUUCCUCAGAUCCAAAGGGAUGGGAAGGGGGGGAGGACUGCGGGGGCAGGAGUCGGAAAUUGCGUUCAAGGGAGAGCCUUUUGGAGAGUUCAGGUUAUCACUGUGACUUUUAAUGCAAAUGCAGGCAGGAAUGCACUGAACUACACAACACAAUGACAUGCACUCUAUAUUUCAUUCCAGUUCACGUUCAUUCCAAUGUUUCAUUCCAGUGCGGAUCCCCC